CUUGCCUAAAAGAGGCUCAGCAUGAAGUCACAUGAUGGAUAUCCAUGUUUCAGAAUUGUGGACCUUGUGAGCACGCUGCACUCGUUUGAGAAAGAAUUCCGCAGAGCCAUCAGCCUUCACGACAUCAACCAGUUGUAUAAUUCUUGUCAGAUGGAAGGGGUGACGGUAAACAGUGAAAAAUUUAGAGAACCUAUGGUGUGGAUUGGAGUCUAUGUUGCAGUAGCAUCGUUUUUCUGCAUCCUCGCCAUGGUGGCAGAUUUGUUACAUGGCUUCCAAAAUAAAAAGUUCUGGUUUCCGUGUAAAUAUUUUUCUCUCAAUGCCGCAUCUAUCACGGUGAUAACUGUCACCAUGAAACUUACCGUCGAUGUGAGUGGUGAGAUGCCAAGUUACGUGGACCAAGCAGCCAAGCUAGGGAGUUUGGGUUUCAUGUGCACCAUGAUGGCCAACUUAAUGCCGUCUUUGGCAUCUAUGGACAACAAGACUCUGCUUGCGAACGUCAUAGGUUUGUCUAUUCUGGUUCUCACCAUGAUUGUGAAUGUAUGCAUCCAGUUAAAUACUAGAGUUAUCGAUCGUUACCCUUACGAUGGGACUAAUAUUUCUUACAUGGACUUUGCUAUUGUCGCAUACAUCUACACCGCCAUAAUCAUCCUUUUACUAAUCAUAAUGAUUUCUUCAUCUCUAACAAUUCCCGCCUCUAAGGAAAUUUUAGAAUCCAAGUAUCAAGCCACACACAAGAUACAUUUAGCUAAUCAACGUCAUAUCCGAAUGUCUAUAGUUGAGAAACUAAGACACAAUGUGACAAGGUAUUGGGUCAUGGCAGAAACCGGCAGCCCUCAGUUUGUGAUGGCCAUUAAUCCAUUAUCCACCGCUUCUGCAAUAAUCUGUGCACUUAGUCUACUUGUGACCCUAAAUUUGGUGCGUGCAAGUCCGCUUACAUCUAGUUGGCAUAGGAGAUUGAUAAGAUAUGAAUCACCAUACGAGUGGACAACAAGUGCCAUUUUUAUAACGCAGUCCAUUGGAGUUGUGGUGGGAACCAUUGCUCCUAUAUUAAGAUGCUUUUCGGUUUUUAACUACAAGUUGGUGAUCACUAAAUGGAAUAGGAAUCAUUUCAUGUUUUUUAAAGUAGAGAAGUACUGGACCCAAAAGUUGCAUGAGUGGAAACAAAGUCCUAUACUGUUUCUGUUAAGCAGUCCUAGAUUAAGAAAUCUCGUAUGUAAUGCUAAAAAUACCAUUCUAAGUUUUUGCAUCGGAUUUCAGAAGGGAAUUGUCGCAUCGUGCAAACUGAUAUGGCUCAUUGCGAUAACGAUUCCAUUAUUAGCCAUUACGUGUUUCUAUCAUUUGAAGUCGCUAAAGGCGAGGUGGUUUACUCCACCCAACUCCCCGAGAACGGACGAUAUAGAUAUAGACGUUAGAAACUACGUCUUACAAAUUGACGUUGAGAUGGAGCUUGCUGAAAAAACACUGAAGGGCAUUUCAAAAUCUAUAAAUUUCUUCAUAUCGAAGGCGGAGAUGGAACAAAACAACAAUCUUUUAGAGCUUCUCGAGAAAUCUACCGGAUUUAAAGGAGUAGAGAUCUUCGACUCUGAUCAUGUUCAACCUUUGCUUUGUGUUGAACAUGUUAACAGUUGGAGUUUACCGAUUGUAACGUUAACAUGCAUCGCUGUUGCUCUCCGGGAUAUCCAUAAGCACGCUGUUCAGAAUCUGUUCAAAAGUGUUGGUGAAGGUCUGUCUUACACCCAUCUUGUGGAAGAAAGCCUCAAUUGUGCGAGUGAAUACGUAAUUCUUCGAAAGGCCAGUGUCGGCUUAUGGCACGAGGUCGAAAACAACUGCAGAUGGUUGGACAUUCCUCUGGCAAAAAAAGAAUUCAAAGGGAAAACAACAAUAGAGAUCAUUAAAUGGUUUUCGGAUAAAGCUAAAGAAAUUGUGACAGAAAUCAAGGAAAGCACCAAUGGAGAACUGGUGGAGAACCCUUCUAAGACGUUGAUUGCUGCCAAUUCAAUGUACCGGAUCACACAGACAAUCUUGCUUAGAUCCCAAAGCAACAAAGAACCAAUUACCAAAAAACAGUUGUUUGCCCAUUUAAAUGGCAUGAUUGCAGACAUAUUCUCUGCUUGCUUUACCAACAUACCUCGAGUCAUAACAAUGAGAUGCCACGAAAGCGUGAUCGAGAAAAGAGAGGAAAGUGUGAAGGUUGCAGCAAAGCUUCUUGGUAAGACCACAAAGAUAAUAGAAAGACUAGAGACAUGUGAAGUACCAAGCAUGGAUGCUGACAAGAUGGCAUAUGUUGAUGAGUGGCGUCUUUAUCUGAUGCAAUCUAUCCCAUAAGGUGACGUAGGGCGAUGGAUUCAGCAGCUACACAAAUCGUCCAUCAUAAAGCCUUUUAACCGCGAUCUGUCACUGAAUUUGCAUUCUAUUUUUUUUUUCUUUCUUUCAUUUUGAUUUUUACUUUUGUAUGAAGCCUCAAAUGUAUAUUAUAUAACAGUGGAUGUUUUGCAUGUGCUAAACCUUUUGCUCAUGUAUCGAAACGGUUCCCCAUCCUCAUGGCUCGUGUGACAAGUCCAAAAGAUUGAUGAAUCAGGCAAGAGGUCCUGUCUCAUAUAUAUUCUGUUUGAUAAGUUGAUUUAGGUCAACUAUAAAUUGUUAUUGUAGGUCAUGCUAUUUAUCUGUAAGAGAGAGUCAUGAUGUUAAAGCAGUCAAAUCAGGCCAUAAGAUUAAUAUAAUCAGUGUUCAUUUAUAUCUAAGAUAUUUUGAUCA